AUGUCGUUGGAAAAUCUAUAUUUGACCAAUAUCACUGCUGAUCAGUAUCAGGGGUUACUGGAAAGAAUUCUGAUGUCCACUCUGACUACAGUGCCAUGCUUUGUGUUUCUCUUCAUUAAUGGAGUUAUGUUAUUCACCUUGAGGAGUAAAACGGUGUUUCGUGAAACCUCCCGUUAUGUUCUUCUGUUUAACCUCCUUUUUGCAGACACUCUACAGAUGGCAAUGAGCCAAUUACUCUACCUGCUCUCUACUGGCAGAAUGACACUGACAUAUACUGUGUGUGGCCUUCUCCUCAUAGUUGCCAAUCUAACAAAUGAAAUUUCUCCUCUCACACUGGUGGUGAUGUCUCUGGAGAGAUAUGUAGCUGUGUGCUACCCACUGAGGCACUCUACCAUCAUUACCACCAGAAACACAGCAGUGGCUGUCAUUGUUGUUUGGGCCGUGAGUUCACUUCAUAUCCUAGCACGAGUUAUUCUACUGUUAGAGUUUCCAUUUGAAGAGCUGGAAAGCCUUCAGAUGAAAGAGCUUUGCUCAGACAAAAUCGUAUUUCGUGGACCAAAGUCUGAUGAUUAUGACAAAGUCCAUACUUGUCUUCUGUUUGUAUGUGCUGGUGUGGCAGUCAGCUGCUCCUAUAUUGGUGUGAUGAUAGCAGCCAGGUCGGCCUCCACAGACAAAGCUUCAAUUCGUAAAGCUCGUAAAACUCUGCUGCUGCAUCUGGUGCAGCUGGGCCUCAGUCUCUCUUCAACCAUUUAUAACCCCUUGCUCAUAAAUCUUUCAAAAAUUCUGACUCGAAUAGUAUUUGUGCGUACCACAAAUGUUUUAUAUGUGUGCAUUUUUCUCUUCCCCAGGUGCCUUAGUUCUCUCAUAUAUGGCAUAAGAGAUCAGACCAUCAGACCUGUCCUCAUGUACCAUCUUUGUUGUCGACUGAAACUCUCAGUCGUCAGAGCCAAAGCUCAGGUAGACUUCGUGAAAUAG